GAGAGAGAGAGAGGAUCGUCCUCUCGCGCUGGCGUGGGUAUUUCCUGCGUAAAGUAGCGUCGCCUAACAGCGGGGUGCGAGACAUGGGCACGAGAUCCGCGGCUCGCGCCCGCGUGGCGCCUCGGUCACCUCUCGACUGACCACGAGCUGACCUCGCUGCGCCGGUUCGCAGGUCAGUCCAGCUUAGCGCGAGCUACAGGUGUGGUGUCAGAUUUGCGCGCGGAGGGGUGCAGCGCUGGAGCUUCGUCGCGCCGUUCGCGCUCAUUGUCUUCAUCCUCCUCCUCCUCCUCUUCCUCCUCCUCGGAUGAGAGAUCCGCGUGUGUCCGCGGUCCAGCCGCUCUGAAGGAGCGAAGCGGAGUGUCCGGCGUCCGGUUUUGGAUCAUUUAUGAGGAUCGCUAGCCGGGAGCCGCCGGCCGCAGCCCGCAGUCAUGCCUAUGCACCCCGUCACCUCCACUUUGAUGUACCGGGGAAUCUGCACCAUCCCGGACAUCCUCUCAUACCGGGCUCCGGUCAACCUGCCUGAAGACGAAGUGGAGGAGAUCCGUGAGGCGUUUAAGGUGUUCGAUCGGGAUGGGAACGGAUUCAUCUCGAAGCAGGAGCUGGGCAUGGCCAUGCGUUCUCUGGGCUACAUGCCCAAUGAAGUGGAGCUGGAGGUGAUCAUCCAGAGACUGGACAUGGAUGGCGAUGGACAGGUGGACUUUGAGGAGUUUGUAACACUGCUGGGUCCGAAGCUCUCUGCUGCUGGAAUGCCUGACAAGUUCAAUGGAACAGGUUUUGACUCAGUGUUCUGGAAGUGUGAUAUGCAGAAGCUCACAGUGGAGGAGCUGAAGCGGCUCCUGUACGACACAUUCUGUGACCACUUGUCCAUGAAAGACAUUGAGAACAUCAUCAUGACUGAGGAAAACCACAUCGAGAACCCUGAGGACUGUCAAGUGGACAUCGACUCAUCAAGUCCGACCCAGCAGGUGAAGCAGACGUGCGUGAGGAAGAGUCUUAUCUGCGCCUUCGCCAUUGCUUUCAUCAUCAGCGUUAUGCUCAUCGCAGCCAAUCAGGUGCUCCGCAGCGGUAUGAAAUAACAAUGUCGUCCCAUCACAAACCAGAGAACAGUGAACACUGACAAACGACUAAAAACAACAGUGGCAAAAAACAAAUCUACAAA